CCUACCCACUUGAGGGACUUGUUGCACAAACAGCACUCUCUGUACUCGUGAUAUGCGUGAUAUCACAUAAUCAGGGGUCAGUGAAUGCAAUCGUGAGCGUCUCAAAGAACGCAGCUCGCGUACCUUGCUCACUUUCUCGAUGUCGUCCUGACACACUCGCAUGCAAACAUCCCCCGAAACGCGCAUCAUGGAUUUUAAGCGUUACCAACUCACGGUUUUCACCACAAUGUUUGUGGGUUACGCAUGCUACGCGUACAACCGCAAAUGUGUUUCCUUUGCAAUGCCUGAACUCAUCGAAGAUGGGCUUUCGAAGGAGCAAGUCGGCAUGAUCGCAAGUAGCCAGAACUUUGCCUAUGCAAUCAGCAAGUUCCUGGGCGGGGUGCUGUCUGACCGCAUAAGUGCAAGGUUACUGUUUGUGGCAGGGCUAGUGUUCAGUGGUUUGGCCACUCUGCUGUUUGGCUCUAUGGCAAGCACAAUAUGGCUCUACUCUGCCUUCUGGUUCAUGAACGGUCUGGCACAAGGCUGUGGUUGGCCAUCUUGUGCCAAAAUCUUGCGUCAUUGGUAUUCCCCGUCCCAGUUUGGAACUUGGUGGAGCGUCCUUUCUGCAUCGGCUAACAUCUCCGGAGGAGUUGCCCCAUUUGUCUCCACACUUCUCAUCCUGAACUAUGGCUGGAGAUUUAGCUUGAUGGUUGCAGGUGUCAUAUCCGUGGUUCUUGGACUGAUUGCUUUUUUUACGCUUGUCAACAGCCCCGAAGAUGUGGGUUACCAGGGGUUCGCAGCAGCCAAGUCCGAAGAGAAGACGGCAGAAAAGUCUGGCAGCAAAAAAGACAGCUCCAGCGAUGCGACCGUCAUGGACCUCUUGAUCAGUCCAUUCUUGUGGUUGGUCUCCUUUAGCUACUUGGUGGUGUUCUGUGCCAAGACUAGUGCUGUUGACUGGGGCCAACUAUUUCUUAUGGAAGAUCUCAAACAUUCACAAUACUUAGGAAGCACGUUGACGAGCAGCAUAGAAACCGGGGGCUUCUUUGGCGGAAUUCUUGCAGGCUACCUCACUGAUUGGUUUCUGCAUUUGCAUACCACACAGGCCAACAGGCAUAAGGGAAACCCGCGGAUACCCGUUGCAGUAAUCUUCAUGGCCGGUGUUGCCAUCUGCCUGCACCUCCUGCGCUUUAACGUCACUGAAGGUUCUGGAAAAUUGUGGAUUAGUGGCUUGGGCUUCGUGCUUGGAGCUUGUCUUUACGGUCCCAUUGCCAUCUUCGGUGUUGCUGCCUCGGAAUCGGCUCCCCCACACUUGUCGGGGACGUCGCACGCCAUCGUAGCCCUUGCUGCCAGUAUCGGAGCCGUCAUUUCCGGUUUGCCAUUCAGUUAUAUCGCGGACUGGUACAACUGGGGUGCCAUCUUCUUCCUGCUGGAAAUUGUGUGCGGCAUCACUGCCCUCAUGCUCUUCCUCGGUCGCAACCUCAGUUGCAAGAUGGGACGGCGGAUAAAAGAGGACUGAGAUAGGUUGAGGGAGAAAUAUGUAUCAAUAGCAUAGACAUAAGAAGAUGUAUUAUUUCAACGUGACACCGUCCUGGUCACACCCUUGUGGGUGCUGAACAGAGGUUGCAGUAUGGACAGUAUGGACACAAAGAUUUUAACUGCAAGGCUCAGAGCAAUGGACCAUUUCCAAAUAUGUGUAUCUGCGUGCACACCCACUGUGUUAAUUGAGGGGGAAUCAUUGUCAUUCCACUUAAUAAGUAGAUGGGACAAUUAAACAUUGGAGGACAAACACAACUGCCAUAAUUCAAUCGUCAUUCCUCCACACAGAGAAAUCUGGAACGAAUCAGUAACUUGUCAGCGCUGUAUGUAUAUGAGCUGGCUAUAUGUACGUGAAGUCUUUUGUGGAUACCAGCACAUGCGCUUUCACUCUUUGUGCAUGCCUUUUCUUGCUGCUUUGACACGUGAUGUGUCAGCCCAUAUCUUCAUGAUUACCGGGGGGGGGGAACGCAGUGUCGCAAGAAUGCACCUUAACAAUAUUUGCAUGUGGCUUCGUGGUGCACUUGCUUUUACGCUGCAGGAGCAGUUCGUUAGGGGCUUGUGUUUCCGGGUUUUAUGUUUUUCGAAAAUCUGGUGUUAUUUCGGGAGCCGUAGAACAGUAAAAACGGGUGAUAUCAGGGGGGGAAAAGUGCCUCUCACAUUUUAGAUGAACACGGGAUUCAGAAUGUGCAGUGCUUAGCGUUCCCUGGUGCCUGUGUUAAUGGCUGAGCUGGCACUUUGCUAAGCUAAUUUUCGGGUUUUACCCUAAACGACAGCGAUGCAGGGGGGGGGGGGGGGGGGGGGGGGGGGUUAAAACGGGUUUUACCAGGUGUAGCCCUAAAACAUAAGGCCCUAAUUAUAUCACUGAAAGAAAAUUUUCUGUUGCUACAACCGCAAAAAAUGCCAACUCCACAUAGUACUACUUUGUCAUUCAGUCACUAGGGGCGACGCAUAUUUGGAAAUGGUCCAUUCUUGUUGAUUGUUCAUGUUUACACCGGCCGAUUUUUUUAGCUGAACCUGUUUCAGUAUAUCGCUCAAGCGUAUGUCUUCCUAGAAGCUGCGUGAAACUCGUAGUGGUAUUUGCAUGGUACAAACCAAAAUGUGCUGCUUAGAGAAUUGGCCAUACUCUAGCCGCGCUUACAUGAAUGCGACAAAAGCGUAUCGUAUCGACUUAUUGCACCUAAUCUUCUGUGACAGGGCCAUGUCAAUCAAUCCACGGGUUGGGGAAAGUGCGAGGAGGUGCGAUGACUCGAUACGAUGUGCUUCUAUCGCAUUCAUAAGACCACGACUUCUGUAACCAUUUUCAUUCUGUGUGAGCCAAAUGUUUGGCUGCGUGCCAGCUUAUUAUCCCAUAUUUGGCCACUGUGUAACAGUCGCAUAAUGUAUGUAUUGCAGUUUAAAGGACAGUUAAAGGAUUUACAAAUCCGUAUACAAACGUGCCUUGAAGCUCAACUAUGUAAAGAAACAAUGCGCUUUAGUAUUCAACAUAGCUGUACCAGUAGCUUUUGCUAUCAUGUCAGCUGUUCAUUGAAUUAACAUAUGUGUUCAAUCUAUUCAGAACAGAUAUGUGCAUUUACAGAUUCAUUGUAAAUGUGCCCAUAGUCAUUUUGUACUGGUUGGGAUAGCGUUUACAAAUGUUGUUAAAUACUUAGGUCUCAAUACACGGAUCGACCAAGGUUGACGAGACUUUUAUUUCUUUAAAUCCAAUGUAAAAUUCAGGAAACACCGAACUACGUCAGCUUUUCAAAGUAUUCACUGUGCACGUCUAGACGCCACUGCCUUCUCUAUGGCAACUCUUUGAUGCCUUUGGCUUAGAAAGAAGAGGGCUUCUGUCGUAGCCACUUCAGGACAUCCUUCUGUGGAAGGCUUCAUCUAUGUAGAAUGUCCUUCCUCAAGGUGCUGUGAAAUGGUAAUCGCUUGGGGAUAAAUCUAGGCUGUAAGGGGCAUGUGCCAAAACCUCCCAGUGCAUUUUGGCCAGGGGUGCUGCUUUCAAAUUUGCCGUGUGAGGCAAGAAGUCCACAUGGAUGACACCCUGCAAGUCCUAGAAGACAGUUCCCAUGGACUUCCCAGCAGACGGCUUCAUCUUGCUUUUCUUUGGACAGCAGUGAAGCCUUAUUCCAUUCCUCAUACCUCAUUCCAUGUUGCUGCUUUUUGUCUCUGGGAUGAAAUGCUGCAUCCAGGUCUCACCACACGUGAUGAUUUAUUGCAAAAUUUUGUCUCCUUUGGAUUGAAACCGGUUCAGCAGCUGCUCAGAGGCUGCCAUGCACGCUCCCUUCUGGUCACAAGUGAGGUGUCGGGGGAAACUAUCUUGCACAGACAUUACGGAACAGUAAGUGCACGUGAAUGAUGGUCUCUACACUGCCGACACUAAUAUUGCAAUGUCCCGAACUGCUACUCGCCGGUUCUCGAGAAUGACUUGCUCAACGCUUGUGAUGUUCACUGGUGUGACGGCAGUCGGACAAACGUGUCCAUGUGGUUCAUUUGUCAAACUGUGUGCACCAUUCUUACACUCUUGCCCUUGACAUCGUUUGUUCCCCAUACUGCGGCUGUAACCUUUGCAAAAUCUCAGCUGGUUUGGGGUUCUCCUUCACAAGGAACUUGAUUAUGCAUCACAUGUUCCACAGCUACCGAUACACUGUUCUCUGCCAUGAUAGCUGCUGCACGUGCCACUGACCCAAGAACAACAACAACAACUUUGUUGUGAGAUGAUGAAUGUGGAGUUUCAUCGCUUAAAACCUUCGUCCUCCGAAAGUUUUAGUCUUUACAUUUCAUCACUGAUUUUUCUCUAGCAAAGGUCUCGGUCAACCUUGAUUGACCCUUUUAGAUCCUCAUAAAUUUCUCUUUCAUUAGGUUGCUUCAGAGAGCUUUGUGUUGACAAAAUGCCAAUAUGAGAGCAAGUAAAAAGAAUGCUAGAGUUAGAAACUUAUUGAAUUACCUUAGAAGAAGACAUGGCUAGCUAAUACAAUUAAUAUUUCCAUUUUACCAUGCAUACAUACGAAGUGUGUGUAUCUGUUGAAUAUAUUGGUAGAGAUCUUUAAAAGCAGACAUUUAGAAACACAUUUAAAACAAAUGUUUAUUGCACUGUUACCAUUACAAUAAAUAGUUGUUUUUGGAA